UGGUGUGUGUGUACUACACGUUUAUUAUUUAUCCAGCAGCGCUCUCUGUGAACUCAAGUUUACUCCCCUGAGCUCCUCCUGAGCACCUACACGCUUGUAACAAGACAGAAGGGCCAGUCGUGCUGUUAGUUUUUCCACCGCGAGGAAAAAGUAGACGCGAUCAGAGCGCUCUGGGAAGUGAAGAUUCUUGUGUUUGGUGCUGGAGAUGUAUCCGCAUCUGUCUCACAUUUGAUCUUAUCAAACGAAAGAAGUGUCAAGGACCCGGUUACUUAUGUUAACAGACAGUGGACAUCAUGCUCGCACGGACAUCGGCAUGUGCUGAGUAACAGUGAGCCAAACGGCACGAGCGGAUUAUGAAAAGAGAAAUAACGGCAUUCACGGACGGUUACUGUAGUAACGUUAGGCCUCUGCGCUAAACUUACCCUCACUGGCCGAUAUCGCUCAUCCGCUAAGAGAAAUGGGUCUGAUUUUCGCCAAAUUAUGGAGUUUCUUUUGUAAUCAAGAACACAAGGUGAUUAUUGUGGGACUAGACAAUGCUGGGAAGACCACUAUACUUUAUCAAUUUUUGAUGAAUGAGGUGGUGCACACGUCACCUACAAUUGGCAGUAAUGUAGAGGAAAUUGUGGUUAAGAAAACACACUUCCUGAUGUGGGAUAUUGGUGGUCAGGAUAGUCUCCGCUCUUCCUGGAACACCUACUACUCCAACACAGAGUUUAUCAUACUGGUUGUGGACAGUACUGACAGAGAGAGACUAGCCAUUUCAAAAGAAGAGCUCUACAGAAUGCUCGCUCACGAGGACCUGCGCAAGGCCGCCGUGUUGAUCUUUGCUAAUAAACAAGACAUGAAGGGAUGUAUGUCCGCAGCAGAGAUUUCCAAAUACCUGACCCUCAGCUCCAUCAAAGAUCAUCCGUGGCACAUUCAGUCCUGCUGUGCGCUUACUGGAGAAGGGUUGUGUCAGGGUUUAGAGUGGAUGACCUCAAGGGCUGGACUCAGAUAGCCACCAGUUCUUCGUGUUGGAUUGAUUGACCAUUGGUGGCAUCACAAACUCAUCCCAUUGGCUGCUUAUGUUUUUCUUUUAAAUCUCUUGAUCAGAAUUGACUCUUUGCAGCUGGACUCUCUGGACACCUACCUCAGCUGGGAUUUAUCAGUUCUGUUUUGACGACCUUGUUGAUCAAUACUAUGUCAGGAGUGACGUGAUUUCGUAAUGGUGGGAAAGAGAGAAGAAAGUCUGAAGUAUUUCUGCUUGAUAAGAGAGACACUGCGGGGCUGGUGUGUGAUUGCGAGGAGGGAUUUUUGGGGGGAGUUUUUAACACUCACUGGAUGGUUAUAUUAAGUUAAUCAUGUUGUAUGUUAAUUCUUCAAAUCUAUGGGGUAGAAAUAAUUUGAAUGGGUAUGUUCUCUAAACGGUUGAUUCCUUGUCUAUUUAUUUUAGAUGAGGAGAACGUGGGUCAUUCAUGCCAUUGGUACCCAGCAACACCACUACAUAUCAUGGAAGCAACAAAGCUGUCAGAUCACCAUGUACAUGUACAUGUAUUACCUCAUUCAUUCUGUACACUAGAGGGUGCUGUUGCUAUUUGGAACAUGGCUUUUGCAUCUUCAAAUGUCAUUUAUGUAAGAUGCAAUUUAAAAAGGGUGCAUGUCAUUGUUAGAUGUGAAGUGUUCAUUGCUGUAACAUAAGGAAAUAUGGCUUUUUGUCUGUCAUGAAUUUAUGGUGUUUUUAUUUUUUUAUAAAAUGGCCCAGUCUGGAGGACGUAUUUUGUCUGUUACAAAAGCAUUUGCUAUGAAUGUCCGACAAACGCUGUUACUCUCUGCUGUUUAAGAAAGAGCCCAUCACUGCAGAUAAACUAGCAUGUUUUUGACACCGUGUGUUUUUACAUUUUAAAUAACCUUUCUCCUUGCUGGAGGGUGGUUAUAUUAUUAUUGUCACUUCAUGAGGAAAUAAUGUUGAAGAGUAACUCAGUGAGGAAGCUACCAGUAUUAUAGUUUUAUAAACAUAUUGUUUCCCCCUAGACUCAUGGUGCAAAUAAUUCACUAUGAAUGAUCUGGGUGAUGUGAUGUCUUCAUAGGUCAACCAAGUUGUAACAGUUGUGUGUGCUCAUGAGAAUGUUUGUUGCUAUAUAAACAAAUGGCAUUUUAUUAAUACUUUUACAAGUCCUGGACAUUUUAAAUCGUUGGUUUUGUAUAAUCUUUGCUGUUACAAUAUGAGUGCUUGAGCACUUGUGUAGAUAUAAUUUACAUGAUGUGUUUGCCAAUUCUGGUUCAUCAAAACUGUCCUGUGUGUUUUGAUUGAUUUUUUUGCAAUGCACUGUGCUUGGUUAAGGGGAACUUACAAGACCUGGAUGCAGUGACUACAAAUUGGUGCUAUUGGUUGCAUUAUUAUUAUGAUGUAAGAUCAGUCGUAUUGCUUGCUGUGCUUUCUCCCUUUCUCUCUUAUUUGCAAUGGGGAUUCUUUUGUGGGUCUUUGAUGCACUGCCUUUCUAUUGCUAUUCUACUUUUAUAUAUAUCUUAAUUAUAUAUAUCUUAUAAUAUAUCUUAAUUCUCUCACAGAGGCUUCUCAGAUUGGAAAAGGGAAUUAGAUGAAACGGCACUGAAAUGGAUUACGGCUUCGGUGACCUUUAGCAUUAAAGACCAGUUUUGGCCAGAUUUAUAUAAACCAUGAUCUCAGAUCAAGUUUGUCUUUGCUUUUUGAUUAUGCACAAUUGCAUACUUAAUUCAUUUUACGAUACUAUAUUAAAUGGUGUUCAUUUUGACAAAACUAUUCUAAAGUAAUAAUGAGGCUUAUCCAGCAGGAUGGCAAUGACACGUUGCAGCAUGACAUGUUUGUUCAGAGAAAUGCAAUUUUCACUUUCAAUACUGAAGUUCAAAGUGAACGCAUUCAGUUAUGAGAUGUGCCAUUUCUAAAGGAGCAGUAAUAUCUGUAGCAACUUUCCUAAUUCUUAUAGUUUUAUAAUAAAAGCUUUUAUUUUGAAAUCUGAACAAUCUUGUAAUAUUUGUUUUAGUGUUGGUUUUAAGAGUCUCAAAUGUUGUUUCUAUUAAGGACACGUGUGUUGGUUCAAGGUAUAUCUAAAGUCAGCCCCCUUC